UGUGUGCUUAAAAGAUUCCUUCUAUGCCAAUGCAUAGCAUCGGUCAAUUCAGUCAGCCGUGUUGACCGAAUUCUCCGAAUUGAGCGGAAUUAUGGGUGAGCUUACCGGCUGAAUUGGGAGACACCGGUCAACUUCGGUGAACUAAAAGGCAAAUCAGCGCUGGCUUUUUUUUGUAUCCACCGCUUCCAACCUUCUCCAACUGACGUUCUUGUCGUUCACCAACAACCCCGUGCUCAACCGUUUUAGCAUUUCAUGAUGUUUACAAAACAAUUAAUUUCAAAAUCAGUUGCAUCGGCCUUGAGAAGGAUGCCCGCUUCGUCGAGUGUUGCUUCUCAAAGUUUGGCCAGAUCCGCUGUGAACUCUGCCGUGAAUACUUCCGGUCCUUUGGCAUUCACUCGUAGAUAUAAUUCUGAGUCCACUGAAAUUCCUGACUUCUCUGAAUAUCAAACUAAAUCCUCUUCUGGUGAUCGAUCUCGUGUUGUUUCUUAUGCCAUGGUUGGUACCCUUGGUGCCUUAACUGCUGCUGGUGCUCAAGCUACUGUUCAUGACUUUCUUGCUAGUUGGUCUGCUUCUGCUGACGUUUUAGCCAUGUCCAAGACUGAAGUUGAUUUGAAUAAGAUUCCUGAAGGUAAAAAUAUGGUUGUUAAAUGGCAAGGUAAGCCCGUCUUCAUUCGCCAUCGUACUCAAGCCGAGAUUGAUGAAGCCAAUGCCAUGGAUAUCAGCGCCCUCCGAGACCCUCAAGCCGAUUCUGAUCGUGUUCAAAAACCCGAGUGGUUAGUUAUGAUUGGUGUCUGUACCCACUUGGGUUGUGUUCCCAUUGGUGAAGCUGGUGACUAUGGUGGUUGGUUCUGUCCUUGCCACGGUUCUCACUACGAUAUUUCUGGACGUAUUCGUCGUGGUCCUGCUCCCAUCAACUUGGUUAUUCCUCAAUACGUCUUUGAUGGCGACAAGCUUAUUAUUGGUUAAACACUCCUAGUGACUUUUGCUUUCCGUUGCUGAAUCUAUACUACUCCUAGUACCCCCUCCUCUUUCUCUUUAUGCUUUUCUCCCCUCUCCUUUCUUUUUAUAAAUCAUUUCAAUUGGAUAGUGUCUUAAAUUACAACUGACUACUGGAACAUUUCCCCUUCGUCCAAGUUCUAUACGUUUGCUUUUUCAUUCUGCUAUUCGUAGUUCCAAAAUAAUUAAAAGUCUUUUGUACUUUUCCAUUAGUUUUCUCUUGGCACUUCCAAUAGUAGAAGAUUGCGUUGUCUUCAGAUUAUUUCAAGUUUUUGCUUCAUCCAAACCUACGGAUUCUUACUCAAAGUUGGCAUAAUGUCUACGUUAUUUGAAAUGUAGUACUUUUUUUUAUUAGCAAAAUAAUCUUAGUACCUAGCCUUUAGUCUCCUUUAUAAAAUUUAUACAGAAAAGCCUGACCAUCCGACAUCACGAGUGCAACUGAGUCCUUACCGUGAACAUAUCUAAACG